AUGUCAGAUUCCAACACAACCGACUUCACCAACCCCUCCACCUUCAUCCUGCUGGGCAUUCCUGGCCUGGAGGCGGCCCAUGUCUGGAUCUCCAUCCCCUUCUGCACCAUGUACAUCAUAGCCAUCUUGGGGAACUUCACCAUCCUGUUCAUCGUGAAGAGGGAGCCGAGCCUCCAUGUUCCCAUGUACUAUUUCCUCUGCAUGCUGGCUGUCACUAACCUGGUCCUGUGCAUGUCCACCCUGCCCAAAAUGCUGAGCAUUUUCUGGUUCAAUUUCAGGGACAUCGAUUUCAGUUCCUGCCUCACCCAGAUGUACUUCGUUCAUUGCGUCUCAGUGAUAGAGUCUGGCAUCUUUGUGGCCAUGGCUUUUGAUCGCUAUGUGGCCAUCUGUGACCCCCUGAGACAUUCCAUCAUCCUGACAAAUCCCGUGGUGGCCAAGAUCGGCCUGGCCAUAGUGCUGCGUGGCAGCAUGAUCAUACUGCCCUAUCCCUUGCUGGCCAGGCAGUGGCCAUAUUGCAGAACCAACAUCAUCCCCCAGUCGUACUGCGCACAUAUAGCUGUGGUGAAGCUGGCCUGCGCUGACAUCCGUGUCAAUAGUUACUAUGGCCUCUUUGUGCUUUUCUGUGUGUUGGGUCUGGAUGCAAUUUUUAUUGCCAUGACCUAUGUCCAGAUCCUCAGGGUCAUCUUCAGCCUCCCCACAAAGGAUGCCCGGUUCAAGGCUUUUGGGACCUGCGGCUCCCACCUCUUUGUCAUUUUAGCCUUUUAUAUCCCAGGUCUCUUCUUCUCUCUCAUGUACAGAUUUGCCCAAGAUGUGCCCCUGCAUUUCCAAGUUCUCUUUCCCAACGUGUACCUCUUUAUUCCCCCCAUGCUAAACCCCAUCAUCUAUGGGGUAAGGACCAAACAGAUCCGGGACAGGCUGCUCCGGCUCUUUACU